GUCCCGACAUCGAGUAAAAAAGAAACGAAAGAAACGUGCGAACAAAACACAGAAUGUACAUAGAAACCAGUAAACUUUCUACCGAUCACUUCCCCGCCUGCAUCUGUUCUUCGGACGUUGUUCGUUCCCUAACGGUUCAAUUUGUUCGUCGUUCGGUUCCGAAAGCGUUGCCAGUGCCGUUGUUCCACGGUACAUAUCUGGCCGACGCUCGUUUCUUUCCCGGCUAUUCGAAUCGUCGCGGUAGCGAACGUUCUUCCACCGCGGCGCGUCGGUAACCAACCUUAACGGUCCGCUCUCGAAACGGGGGAAUAUACUCGCGGGGACGAAUAGGAAUAGAAACUUGAUUGCAAACGCGGAGCAACGCGCGUACAAGUACGAAUAGGUCCGAAUAGUCGAAUAGAAGCGAUCUGACAGUGACGCGACUCGUCCGCCGAGCCGCACGGCCUCCUUCUCUCUCUCUCUUUCACCGAAAUCGUUCGAAAUAUCUUCCCGAUUGUCCCUCGGAUCGCGAAAACACCGUUCAACGUCGCCCGUGAAAUCGAGCGUCGGACUAACUUUCUCUUUCCUCCGACCGAUCUUUCGCGCGCACCGCGCAAACGAUGCCGUCCAACCGGAACAUAAGAGACCUGCUCACGUGCAGACAAGUAUUAAACGUAAUGGUGAUACUGGGAUUCAUGUUGAAUUACAUGUUGCGCGUCAACAUGACGAUCGCCAUCGUGUCGAUGGUGAUUCCGAGCAACCGUAGCUCGCAUCCCAGCGAAUACGACGUUUCCGACGAAUACGUAAACGCCGCUUCGAUCGACGACCGGAGCACGAGAACGACCACCGACGCGGCUUCCAAAAACAACGGCUCCGGUUCUUCUUUUCUGAACGACGGAUCAAUUACGCACAUAUCGUGGGAGGGGAAAGCGAACGAAACGCGGUACCCGUGGAACGAGUAUCAGGUGAAUCUCGUGCUGGGAAGCUUCUUUUGGGGUUACAUCUGUACCGAAUUACCGGGCGGAAGACUCGCGGAAAUCAUAGGCCCGAAGAGGGUGUUCGGAUACAGCAUGCUACUGUCGAGCGCCAUAACCCUGCUGACGCCGUUGUCCGCCACUUACGGAUACGUGAUGGUCGCGGGACUAAGAACCGUUCUUGGAUUCAUGCUGGGAGUUACCUGGCCGGCUAUUCAACCGAUGACGGCUCGAUGGAUUCCGCCGACAGAACGAAGCAAAUUUGUCUCCAACAUGAUGGCUUCGUCCCUCGGUGCAGCGGUGACGAUGCCGAUUUGUGGAUUCUUGAUCGCGUCGGUCGGCUGGGAAUCCGUUUUUUACGUGACCGGCGCGAUAGGACUCGCGUGGAGCGUAGCCUGGUUUCUCUUGAUAUUCGAUUCUCCCGCCCAACAUCCGAGGAUCUCCGUCGAGGAACGUCGAUACAUCGAACACGCGAUCGGCUCCACCGCCACCACCAAGCGAUUGCCCGUACCGUGGAAGUCCAUCUUCUUCUCGAUUCCAGUUUGGGCCAUCGUCGUCACUCACGUAUGCAGCGUGUUCGGCUACUUUACCGUCGUCAAUCAACUACCAACCUACAUGAAAUACAUCUUAAACUUUAAUAUCAAAGAGAACGGGAUGUUAUCUUCUUUGCCGUAUCUCGGAAAAUACGCGUUCGCAGUGACGAUGUCUGCUCUGGCCGAUCAUUUGGUGAAAACGAAAAAGUUGUCGAUAACGACUAUUCGAAAAUUGUUCACCACGUUCGCGGUACUGAGUCCGGGACUGCUGAUGAUCGUGCAAGCGUAUCACGGAUGCGAUCGCGUCGCGUCGGUAUCGAUCUUCACCGUAGCUUUGACGAUCAACGGCGCGGUAACGGCGGGAUAUCUAGGAAACAGCUUGGACAUCGCGCCUAAUUUUUCGGGGACCAUUUUCGGCAUAGCGAACACUUUUAGCUCGUUGGGUGGAUUCCUUAGCAGUUACAUGGUCGGCACGAUAACUUACAAAAAUCAGACCUACGCUAGAUGGACCAUCGUUUUUUGGGUUCUAGCUUCGACUUACAUCGUCGGAGCUGUCGCGUUUGCCGUGUUCGGUAGCGGCGAGCUACAAAAGUGGAACAAUCCCGAAGCGAACGAGGAUCGAAAGAAGACGAACGACGCGGAGAAAUCGAACAACGAAUCCAUAUCCCUGAAAAAUAAGGGUAUCCCCUAAUCAAACGAUUUCGUCGCGUUCCGACCUCGAAACUUUUCUCGAAAAUUAAUCGAUCAUUCGUACACGGUUUACGACCUAUGCUCUUCCGUGGGAUGUAAGUCAGUUUCUCGGUAGCAGAAAGUUCUCUUUAAAUCUUUGCGCGGUAAUAACGCGAACUGAACGUUUUUUAAUUUCGUAUCGACGCACGAUCCCGAAACAGCACCUUCUAUCGGCUAUCGUACGUUUUAUCUUUCAUCUCUGUGACUUUAAACGCGUUUAAUACCUCUUAGCGUCGUCGUGCAAAGCGCCUCCUCGAUGUACAGAAUUUUGCGAAUUCGAAUUACUCGAAUUUUUUGUCGCUAAACGGCUACAGCCUUUUUCCUUCGUACCGAAAUCGCUACUACACGCGCUCGACCAAAUUUUCCAUAUAAGCUCUUUUUUGCAAAACAAAACACAUCUGUGAGAAUGGUUUAUGGUGACUCGCAAGAAAAUUUGUUCUCGUUCUUAUAUCAUUCUCUAUAUUCUAUAUUCUAUAUUCUAUAUCAUCGACGGGAUACAGUAUAGCGCGAGAACUGUUCCGAACACGUAAGUCGCAUCGUCGAACCCACUCGGAUCCAACGAAUAUAUUACAAACAGCAUAAAACCAAU